AUGGCGUCCACCACCUCAAACACCGAGGUCGCAUCUCAAAAUGAGCCGUCCGUCGUGGAGCACACGGACGACACAGCUCGAUCCUGGUCUGCUCGAUCUGUUUAUCGGUCAAUCCCCUUCCAGAUCGCCAUUGCUAGCGGUGUCUCCUUCACGGCUCCUGGUAUGUGGGAUGCCAUGAACAAUCUGGGAGCUGGUGGUGCAGCAGAGCCUUAUGCUGUUUCGGCUGCAAAUGCUUUGGUCUACGGCCUGUUUGCAAUUGUCUGUGUCUUGGCAGGAGCUAUCAACAACCGUAUCGGUCUUCGCUUCGGAUUGGUUAUCGGAGCUAUUGGAUACCCCAUUUACGGCGCUGGUCUCUACACCAACAACUACUCUCCGACAACAUGGUUUAUGCUUUUCGGUAGCGCACUGUGUGGUAUUUCUGCGGGCUUUUUCUGGGCCGCUGAGGCUGCGAUCAUUAUUGGAUACCCAAGCCCUAAGGACCGUGCUUUCUACCUUGCUAUCUGGCAGACAGCAAAGGCUGCUGGUCCCAUUGUCGGUGGCGCGAUUAGUCUUGGCCUCAACGCCAAGAAUUCGUCGCAGGGAACUAUCAGCGCAGGAACGUACAUCGUUUUCAUCGUGAUCAUGUGUCUUGGACUCCCCAUCGCUCUUUGUCUGAGCCCUGCCGAGAAGGUGCAGCGUAAAGACAGAACCCUGGUCUUGGUGCACAAGCAAGCUACUUGGGGUGCCGAAUUCAAGGCAGCUCUGAAGUUGAUCGCCACGCGCCGGGUUCUUCUGCUGCUCCCUUCGUUCUUCAUCAGCUACUUCUACAACGCCUUCCUGAGCACCUGGUUGACCGACUACUUCACCGUUCGUUCCCGUGCUUUUUCAUCCUUCUUCACCAACUUUGCCGGCAUUGCUUCUUCGUUCCUAAUUGCGGCUCUGCUUGAUCGCCAAACCAUCCGCAUCAACACCCGCGCCAAGACUGCGUUCCUGGCCAUUGUGAUCGUACUCACAGGUACCUGGAUUUGGGCUUGUGUUCUCCAAAAUCAAUUUUACAGCGCACCCACCGCACCCGUCUUUGACUGGUUCACGGGCGGGUUCGGAAAGUCGUACGCUCUUGUCUUUUUCUGGACCUUUGGAGGCCAGGCGUUCCAGCAAUACCUUUACUGGCUUAUUGGUCAGUACAGCACCGAUAUCUCGUCACUGUCAUACCACUGUGGAAUUCUGCGAGGAUUCGAGGCUCUUGGACAGACAGUUGCUUGGGCGAUGCAAUCCGAAGGUAACGCCAACCACUUUGUCAGCAUCGGCCUUAAUUUCGGCAUUACGAUCCUGUGCAUCUGGCCUACUUGGAUCGUUCUUUCAGAACUUGACCACAGCCACGAAGUGCGAGUCACCGUGGAUGAUGUUUCCGCGAAGAUACAUGAUGAUGAUACCCAAGCUUAG